AUGGUUGAAGUAACAGAUGAAGGUGGUGAGGAGACGAACCAAACAGUCACUACAGCUCCACAGCCAACUGACAGUGAAAGUGCUACUAGUGAAGUAACAUCCCCGCUUCCAACGUUGGCUCAAACUUCAACAAGGAUUGCUCCAAUCGCGACAGUUGCGACACCAUCGCCUUGCUUGGAUAAAAUCAACCCAAGUACCGGUAGAUCAGACUGUCCCUCAAGGAGGAACCUGUGCAACCACGCGAGAUACAUCCAACUCAUGCGGGAGCACUGCCCUCGUACAUGCGGUUUCUGUAGCUCGAGAAGAGAUCCAGAACGAGAUCCUGUUGUUGGUUUUAUUGUUCAUACCGAAGAAUGCGUCGACCGCACCAAUCCUCGAACUGGACGCUCUGACUGCCCAAAUCGUCGACCUCUUUGUCAACGUAAUAUCUACCAAAGGCUGAUGAGAGAGCAAUGCCCUCGUACUUGUGGAUUCUGCGUUAGUAGAUUGAUCAGGAGCAAGAAUCAAGUAGGUGCUAACAGGAAAUUUUCCAAUUCGGCAAGUGUACAGUUGCUACUCAAAAGAUCCCCUUAG